CAUGAGCGCCCCUCCGCCAUCCUCCCGGCAUGAGCGACACCGCCCGGGCGGCCGCCGCCCUGAACCAUUGGAACCGCCUGAUCCAGCUCGCCGCCGCAUCGGGCUCCUACGCCGACUGCCUCCGCCUCUACACGGGCUCCCUCCUUGCCGCGGGCCUCCGCGGCGACGCCUCCACGUUCCCUUCCCUCGCCAAGUCCUGCGCCGCGCUGCGCCUGCCCGGCCUCGGCCGCGCCAUCCACGCCCGCGCCUUCCUUGCGGGCGUCGCCGUCUCCCGCGACGCCUUCGUCCGCACCGCGUUGAUAGACAUGUACGCCAAGUGCGGCCGCCUCCCCGACGCGCGCCGCCUGUUCGAUGAAACGCCGCGCUCGAGCCGGACGCUGGUCGCCUGGAACUGCAUGGCCUCGGCGUACGGCAGGAGCUAUCAGAUGGAUAAGGCCGUCGCGGUGUUCAACGCCAUGCGGCACGCGGAAGUCAGACCCAGUGGGAGCACCCUCGUCGGCCUUCUGUCAGGCUGCGCGGACUCCGUGUCCGCAAGGAACAUAGGCAUGUGCCUCUACGGGUAUAGCGUCAAAUCAGGGCUUGAUGCGGAUUUGCUUGUCUUAAACUCGGUGCUUACCAUGCUUGUACGUGGCAACCAGCUGGACACUGCACAGUCGCUGUUUGAUUGUGUGAAGAACAAGUCUGUGGUUACUUGGACUGCAAUGGCAUCAGGUUAUUUGCAAGCAAAGGACUGUGUAAAAGUAUUUGAUCUGUUCAGAGUCAUGCGGGUGAUAGAGCAGAGAAUGGAUUCAGUGGUGCUUAUCAAUCUGACCGCAGCUGCAACACUGUUUGGAAACCUGUUGGUGGCUAAGGGUGUGCAUGCUCUUGUGAUCAAGGGUGGUUUUCAGUUCCAGGAAGAUCUGGCGGCAUCCUUGGUAAAAUUGUACACCAGGUGUGGGGAUCCUUUGGCUGCUAAAGAGGUAUUUGAUUCAGUUCACAGAAAGAACACUGUGUUGUGGACAUCAAUGCUAAAUGGAUAUGUCGAAUGUGGUUGUCCGGACAAGGCCCUGGAAUUAUUUGAUGCCAUGUUGUGUGCAAGAGUAGAACCAAACAGAGCAACUUUCUUGGCGGUUCUUUCAGGAUGUGCUAAUUUGGGAUCCCCUAAUCUUGGCCAAAAGGUUGAGGAGCAUGUAAUAGCAAUUGGACUGCAGGCAGAUCUGCAAGUUUCCACUGGACUAAUAGACAUGUACUGCAAGUGUGGGAGCAUUCUGCAUGCUAGAAAAAUAUUUGACAGUGUUUCUAAUAAGGACUUAGCUAUCUGGAGUGCCAUGAUUAAUGGUUAUGCUUGCAACGGCGAAGGCAUUGAGGCUCUCGCCCUUUUCAGUGAGAUGCAAAACAGGGGUGUUCGACCAGAUGCCAUUGUCUUUACUCAUGUUCUAACAGCAUGCAACCAUUCUGGUUUAGUAGAUGAAGGUCUGAAUUGCUUUCACAGCAUGACGGUGGAAUAUGGUAUCAAACCAUCUAUCGAACAUUAUAUGUGCAUGAUGGAUUUGCUUUCUAAAGCUGGUCAUCUUAGUAGUGCUAUGAAGUUCUUUAAGGAAAUGCCAGUUCAAUUGCGAAACCAGGUUUUGGCUCCUCUUAUCAGUGCACACAAAGCUCAUGGUGUCAAUUCAUCCAUAGACUUUGUAUCAGAGGAACUUCUGAACCUGGACUACCAAGAUUCUGGCCACUGUGUCCUAAUUUCUAAUAUGCUUAGUUGCUUAGGUGAGUGGAAGAAGGCCAGAAAUUAUAGGAGGCUAAUAAGCAAGCAAGGAUUAGUCAAGAAACCUGGUUGGAGUUACAUUGAGAUGGGUACCUAACAGUCUAAUUGAUUUAUAUUUGUACAAAACCCAUGUACACAUUUUGUGAAUCCCAACAGAUGGCAUGUGUUCUUUCAAGUUUAACCAAA